CCAAAUUUAACCUAACAUAACCAUAAGCAACUUGUCAACGAUAGAAGAAUGUAUUGUACGGAUAUGAAUGGUCAUGUCUUAUCAAGAUUCACAAUUUUGUACAAUGUAUGAUCGUCAAGAUGAUUAUGAUCUCGACGAAGAUAAUGAGGAAUAUAUGGAAGAAGACAGAGAUGCUGAGGAACAAGAUGAUAGUGAUGAAGAUACCGAGGAGGCGAGUGAAACUGAUAUGGGAGAAAGAAAAUCCGAAGAAUAUACAGAAAUUAAAGAACAGAUGUAUCAAGAUAAGUUAGCAAGCUUGAAAAAGCAGCUACAGCAAUUGAAAGAUGGGACGCAUCCUGAAUAUAAUCGCAAAUUAAAACGAUUAGAAGCACAAUAUAAAGAACGAUUGAGAUUGAAUAUAAUUUACCGAGACUAUUUGACAGAAUGGGUUGAACGAGAUUAUAUAUUAGAGAAGAAAGCAGCGGUGAAAGAAUUUGAAGAGAAAAAAAUUGAUCUGAAGGAAAAUCUGCUUACCGAUAUGGAAGAAAAGAGGAAAAUAAUUGAGUCAGAUCGUCAUACAAUGGAGCUUACUGGUGAUUCUAUGGAGGUAAAACCAGUAAUGACGAGAAAAUUACGUAGACGUCCCAAUGAUCCAGUACCUGAAAAAGUAGAAAAGCGGCGAAAACCACCUCCAGCAUCAGUAAAUUAUCUAUUAGAAGAGAAAGAGAUCGAGUUCGAUUUAAAAGCGAUUAAUCGCGCGAAAACGUCCACCGCUGUUCGUAAACCAGUUUUACCACAUUACAAUGCGGUAAAUAUAUCAUCUCAACAUAUAUCACAACCAUCUGAGACUCCAUUGGUAGAAACUCGGAUAGAGGAUGGCAAAUUGUCAUACGAACGAAGAUGGUUUCACCGUGGUCAAGCUGUUUAUGUUGAAGGCAAAGAUCUUAACAGGUUUGCGGCGCAUAUUUCGGCAAUUGGUACUGAAGCGAUCUGGGUGAAAAAGGUUUCAGAUAGCAGCAAAGUACGCAUUUAUAUAUCGCAGCUGAGUCGUGGGAAAAUUUCUAUUAAACGACGAGCCUCUUAAUCAAUUCCUCGAUUAAUUCGACAUCUAUUGUCAGAUCUCUGUU